AUGAUGCAAGGCAAUACGUGUCAUAGGAUGUCGUUCCACCCAGGACGAGGGUGUCCCCGAGGGCGAGGAGGACAUGGAGCCAGACCCUCAGCCCCAGCCUUCAGGCCCCAAAAUCUGAGACUACUUCACCCUCAGCAGCCUCCUGUGCAAUAUCAAUACGAACCUCCAAGUGCCCCUUCCACCACAUUCUCGAACUCUCCAGCUCCCAGUUUUCUCCCUCCACGACCAGACUUUGUACCCUUCCCUCCACCCAUGCCUCCGUCAGCACAAGGCCCUCUUCCCCCCUGCCCUAUACGACCCCCCUUCCCCAACCACCAGAUGAGGCCCCCCUUCCCAGUGCCUCCCUGUUUUCCUCCUAUGCCGCCUCCGAUGCCCUGUCCUAAUAACCCCCCAGUCCCUGGAGCACCUCCAGGACAAGGCACUUUCCCCUUCAUGAUGCCCCCUCCUUCCAUGCCCCAUCCCCCACCACCUCCAGUCAUGCCACAGCAGGUCAAUUAUCAGUACCCUCCAGGAUACUCACACCAUAAUUUCCCACCUCCCAAUUUUAACAGUUUCCAGAACAACCCCAGUUCUUUCCCACCCAGUGCUAAUAACAGCAAUAGUCCUCAUUUUAGGCACCUCCCUCCAUACCCACUCCCAAAGGCUCCCAGUGAGAGAAGGUCCCCAGAAAGGCUCAAGCACUACGAGGAUCACAGGCACCGAGAUCACAGUCACGGGCGAGGUGAGCGGCAUCGGUCCCUGGAUAGGCGGGAACGAGGCCGAAGUCCUGACAGGAGAAGACAAGAUAGCCGCUACAGAUCAGAUUAUGACCGAGGGAGGACGCCGUCGCGUCACCGGAGCUAUGAGCGGAGCAGAGAGCGGGAACGGGAGAGACACAGGCACCGGGACAGCCGAAGAUCACCAUCUCUGGAAAGGUCCUACAAAAAAGAGUAUAAGAGAUCUGGAAGGAGUUAUGGUUUUCCAGUUGUCCCUGAACCUGCUGGAUGCACACCAGAAUUACCUGGGGAGAUUAUUAAAAAUACAGAUUCUUGGGCCCCACCCCCGGAGACUGUGAAUCAUCGCUCCCCAAGUAGGGAGAAAAAGAGAGCUCGUUGGGAGGAAGAAAAAGACAGAUGGAGUGACAGCCAGAGCUCUGGCAAAGAGAAGAAUUAUACCUCAAUGAAGGAAAAAGAGCCAGAGGAGACACUGCCUGACAAAAAUGAGGAGGAGGAAGAAGAACUUCUUAAGCCGGUGUGGAUUCGAUGCACCCACUCAGAAAACUACUACUCGAGUGACCCCAUGGAUCAGGUGGGAGAUUCUACUGUGGUUGGAACAAGUAGGCUCCGUGACUUAUACGACAAAUUUGAGGAAGAACUGGGGAGUAGGCAAGAAAAGGCCAAAGCUGCUAGACCUCCGUGGGAGCCUCCUAAGACAAAGCUAGAUGAAGAUUUGGAGAGUUCCAGUGAAUCCGAAUGUGAGUCUGAUGAGGACAGCACCUGUUCUAGCAGCUCAGACUCUGAAGUUUUUGAUGUCAUUGCGGAAAUAAAACGUAAAAAAGCCCACCCUGACCGACUUCACGAUGAACUUUGGUACAAUGACCCAGGCCAGAUGAAUGAUGGGCCACUCUGCAAAUGCAGCGCCAAAGCGAGACGCACAGGAAUUAGGCACAGCAUUUAUCCUGGAGAAGAGGCCAUCAAGCCCUGUCGCCCUAUGACCAACAAUGCUGGCAGGCUUUUCCACUAUCGAAUUACAGUCUCCCCUCCUACAAACUUUUUGACCGACAGACCAACUGUUAUAGAAUAUGAUGAUCAUGAGUAUAUCUUUGAAGGAUUUUCUAUGUUUGCACAUGCCCCCCUGACCAAUAUUCCACUGUGUAAAGUAAUUAGAUUCAACAUAGACUACACAAUUCAUUUCAUUGAGGAGAUGAUGCCUGAGAAUUUUUGUGUGAAAGGACUUGAGCUCUUUUCGUUAUUCCUGUUCAGAGAUAUUUUGGAAUUGUAUGACUGGAAUCUUAAAGAUGGAGGAAAGGAGGUGCUGUCCAUGCACCAGAUUCUCCUUUACUUAUUACGGUGUAGCAAAGCCCUGGUUCCCGAAGAGGAGAUCGCCAAUAUGCUUCAGUGGGAAGAACUUGAAUGGCAGAAAUACGCAGAAGAAUGCAAAGGCAUGAUCGUCACCAACCCUGGAACGAAACCUAGCUCUGUCCGCAUUGAUCAACUGGAUCGUGAACAGUUCAACCCUGAUGUGAUUACUUUUCCGAUUAUCGUCCAUUUUGGGAUACGCCCUGCACAGUUGAGUUAUGCAGGAGAUCCACAGUACCAGAAACUGUGGAAGAGUUAUGUGAAACUUCGCCACCUCCUAGCAAAUAGUCCCAAAGUUAAACAAACUGACAAACAGAAGCUGGCACAAAGGGAGGAAGCGCUCCAAAAAAUACGACAGAAGAAUACAAUGAGGCGAGAAGUAACAGUGGAGCUGAGUAGUCAAGGAUUUUGGAAAACUGGCAUCCGUUCUGAUGUCUGUCAGCAUGCAAUGAUGUUGCCUGUUUUGACCCAUCAUAUCCGCUACCACCAAUGCCUAAUGCAUCUGGACAAAUUAAUAGGAUAUACUUUCCAAGAUCGUUGUCUGUUACAGCUGGCCAUGACUCAUCCAAGUCAUCACUUAAAUUUUGGAAUGAAUCCUGAUCAUGCCAGGAAUUCUUUAUCUAACUGUGGAAUUCGGCAGCCCAAGUAUGGAGAUAGAAAAGUUCAUCACAUGCACAUGCGGAAAAAAGGAAUUAACACCUUAAUAAAUAUUAUGUCACGUCUUGGACAAGAUGAUCCAACUCCCUCAAGGAUUAAUCACAAUGAAAGGUUGGAGUUCCUAGGUGACGCUGUUGUUGAAUUUCUGACCAGUGUCCAUUUGUACUACUUGUUUCCUAGUCUGGAAGAAGGAGGAUUAGCAACUUACCGGACCGCCAUUGUUCAGAAUCAGCACCUUGCCAUGUUAGCAAAGAAACUUGAACUGGAUCGUUUUAUGCUUUAUGCUCAUGGACCUGACCUUUGUAGGGAAUCAGACCUUCGACAUGCAAUGGCUAAUUGUUUUGAAGCAUUAAUAGGAGCUGUUUACUUGGAGGGAAGCCUGGAGGAAGCCAAACAGUUAUUUGGACGCUUACUCUUUAAUGAUCCGGACCUACGUGAAGUCUGGCUCAAUUAUCCUCUCCACCCACUCCAACUACAAGAGCCAAAUACUGAUCGACAACUUAUUGAGACUUCUCCAGUUCUACAGAAACUUACUGAGUUUGAAGAAGCAAUUGGAGUAAUUUUUACUCAUGUUCGACUUCUGGCAAGAGCAUUCACAUUGAGAACUGUGGGAUUUAACCAUCUGACCCUAGGCCACAAUCAGAGGAUGGAAUUCCUAGGUGAUUCCAUAAUGCAGCUGGUAGCCACUGAGUACUUGUUUAUUCAUUUCCCAGAUCAUCAUGAAGGACACUUAACUUUGUUGCGAAGCUCUUUGGUGAAUAACAGAACUCAAGCCAAGGUAGCAGAGGAACUGGGCAUGCAGGAAUAUGCCAUCACCAAUGACAAGACCAAGAGACCCGUGGCCCUUAGGACCAAGACCUUGGCCGACCUUUUGGAAUCAUUUAUUGCCGCGCUGUACAUUGAUAAGGAUUUGGAAUAUGUUCAUACUUUCAUGAAUGUUUGCUUCUUUCCACGAUUAAAAGAGUUUAUUUUGAAUCAGGACUGGAAUGACCCUAAAUCCCAGCUUCAGCAGUGCUGCUUGACACUCAGGACAGAAGGAAAGGAGCCAGACAUUCCUCUGUACAAGACUCUGCAGACAGUAGGACCCUCACAUGCUAGAACCUACACUGUGGCAGUGUACUUCAAGGGAGAAAGAAUAGGCUGCGGGAAAGGACCAAGUAUUCAGCAAGCGGAAAUGGGAGCAGCAAUGGAUGCACUUGAAAAAUAUAACUUUCCCCAGAUGGCCCAUCAGAAGCGGUUCAUUGAACGGAAGUACAGACAAGAGUUAAAAGAAAUGAGGUGGGAAAGAGAGCAUCAAGAGAAAGAGCCAGAUGAGACUGAAGACAUAAAGAAAUAA